ACAAACAGACCGACGGCUCCAAGCACUUGAACUGAAGAGCAUCCGAUUACUGGACCUUUCCCCGCCACCACCUACAUACGACUACAAAAACUCUUCUGGGCAGUUGGGAGCGAUCCCAUAGCAACACAGCAAGAUGUUGAGAGCACAUCAAGAUCAAGAAAAUCGCAUUGCGCAUCAAGCUGGGAACGCUAAACAACUCCCAGUGAAGACACCUGGCGCUUUGUACCCGAAAACGCCGUUGAAGGUCCCUCUCAACGAUGAGAACACCACUCGAGUGUUUGCCGGAAAGGGCACGAUUGCAAAAGGCGAUAAUGUCUUCACUAAGGGCACUGGGGCAGCCAUGAUGACGCCCGCCCCUCGAACUGCCAGAGCACCGCUCGGGAACAAGACCACCAACGCAAAGGCAAGAGCGGCACAGCAAACCGGCGGAGGCAAGGAACUAGGCGGCGAUCUCAAGUCAACCGUCAAGCCAACGACGACCCUUCGUCAAAAGCAAGCCGCGCCGCAGACCCAAGACUCCAAGCUGGACGUGCAUGCCGAUAUCAAGCCAAAAAACAACGACGAGGAGGAGAUCGAGUACUGUCCUCCCCCGGCACAGGACCUUCCGUACGAGUCCGACGUCCUCCCUGCGCACGCCUUGACCUUCGAGUCGCUGAAGCCCGAGAACAUGUUCAAGGGAUACUACGAGUAUUACUACAAGAAGUUGGACAACAAUGGCAUGACUGCCAAGGAGAGGGAAAUGGCAGAGCGGCAACAGCGUGACUUUGCACGCGGCGACGAACAAAUCAAGAAAGACAUGGAGGAGUUCGACUGGAGCAUUGGCGACAUUCCUGAGAGCAAGGAUCUCCUGAAGAAGACCCAAGUGGACGCAGCUGCAGUUUCUUGCUCCGGAGAAACCAAGAAGACUGGGCGCCUACCAAGCAGGCCGCCUAGUAUGUUGGUAGCCCGAAGAGCUGCUUCCCUUCUGUCCCAUACUUCUGCGAGGGAACGAAGCAUAUCCCGCCCACAGGUGAAUAGCAAGCCCUCUUUGACGGCCGUUAACAAAGGCAGUCUUUUCGCGCGCAAGCCCUCGCUAUCAAAUGCAAGUCACGCCAGAACCCUGUCGAAGGACCGUCCAAUUUCUAGUGCAACAUCCCGAAAUACCCUAGGAUACAGCAGAGGCAGAUCUGUUUCCGAGGCUGCAAGGCCGGCUAGCGCUGCUGCCAGCAAUCAACAGCAAUCUGGGCCAAGGCCUCGCCCUUUCGCCCGCACCAGCAGCUUGGUGUCCAAUGGGUCAGACAAUACCAUCACCCCGUCUCGGUUUGCGCAGGCUCAGACCACACAAGAUUUUCAGAAGCCAUUCGGGCUGCUUUCCAUCUUCGCCCAUGAUGAGGAAGAAGAGCACAGUGACCAUGAGACUGUGCCUCAUUUCGAUGAUUCCGAUGAUGAUUUCCAGCUUUCAACCGAUUUCUGAGCAGAGGCGUUCAUUGGAAAGUCGAGCACUUGCUGAGUGACUUUUUCGUCCAUAUUUCUACAUGAGUGGUGUUGGUUUUUUUUUUUUUUUGUUACGGAGUUCAGAGACUGGACGGUGAGAUGGAUCAUCACAAUAGUCGGUCGGCUGGUUUGCCAUGGUUGGUCUGGCUAAUUCUUUUACGC